AUCCUAGCGGGGACCCGUAGCCAACGGGCCGCGAACGGCCGGGACGGACCCUAGCGGGGACCCGUAGCCAACGGGCGGCGAACGCCUGGGACGGACCCUAGCGGGGACCCGUAGCCAGCGGGCCGCGAACGCCUGGGACGGAUCCUAGCGGGGACCCGUAGCUAACGGCUGGGACUCAGGAACCCCCCCGCCAUGGCGCCCCGAGACUACACCGCGGAGAAAGAGAAGGUGAAGCGUUUCUUGCAGGAAUUUUGCCGGGAUGGUGAACUCGGCAAGGAGUUCCCGUAUCGGGACCAGCUGGUGUCCCUGGCUCACCGGGAGCAGGUGGCCCUGUACGUUGACCUGGACGAGGUGGCCGAGGAGGACCCCGAGCUGGUGGACUCCGUGUGUGAGAACGCCAAGCGCUACGCCCGCCUCUUCGCCGACGCUGUGCACGAGCUGCUGCCCCAGCACAAGGAGCGGGAGGUGGUGAACAAGGAUGUCCUAGAUGUGUACAUCGAGCACCGGCUGAUGCUGGAGCAGCGUGGCCGGGACGCAGGGGAGACGCACAGCCCCCAGAACCAGUACCCCCCGGAGCUGCUGCGCCGCUUUGAGCUGUACUUCAAAGCCCCUUCGGGCUCCAAGGCCCGCGUGAUCCGGGACGUGAAGGCCGACUGCAUCGGGAAGCUGGUCACCGUCCGCGGCAUCGUCACCCGUGUCACCGAGGUCAAGCCCAUGAUGGUGGUGGCCACCUACAGCUGCGACCAGUGUGGAGCAGAGACCUACCAGCCG